ACAGUUUUCCUCAACUGAGGAGAGAUCCAGAUCUGAAAAACUCCUGAAAACCAUAUUCACGAUGGGUGAUGCUUUAAUGGCAGAGUUCGGGAAGGCGGCUCCAUUCCUGAGGAAAUCUGACAAAGAGCGUCUGGAAGCUCAAACCAGAGCCUUCGAUAUCAAAACCGAAUGUUUCGUGGUGGAUGAAAAGGUGGAGUACGUGAAGGGGCAAAUCCAGAAUAAGGAUGGAGGGAAGGUGACUGUAAAAACUGAAGAUGGAAGAACGGUGACGGUCAAAGAUGGAGAUGUGCAUCCUCAAAACCCGCCUAAAUUCGAUAAAAUCGAGGACAUGGCGAUGCUGACGUUUCUUCAUGAACCUGCGGUGCUGUUCAAUCUAAAGGAGAGAUACACCGCAUGGAUGAUCUACACCUAUUCUGGGCUGUUUUGUGUCACCGUAAACCCUUAUAAGUGGUUACCGGUGUAUGAUGCAGAUGUAGUCGCUGCUUACCGUGGUAAGAAGAGGACAGAAGCGCCUCCUCACAUCUUCUCCAUCUCAGAUAAUGCUUAUCAAUACAUGCUGACCGACCGGGAGAAUCAGUCUGUGCUCAUCACCGGAGAAUCCGGCGCUGGGAAGACUGUAAACACUAAGAGGGUCAUCCAGUAUUUUGCUAGCAUCGCUGCCGCUGGGGGAUCCGCUGGAAAAAAGGACUCGAGCAAGGGAACGUUGGAGGAUCAGAUUAUUCAAGCUAACCCUGCGCUGGAGGCUUUCGGCAAUGCGAAAACGCUCCGAAACGACAACUCGUCUCGCUUCGGGAAAUUCAUCCGCAUUCAUUUCGGGACGAGCGGAAAACUGUCAUCGGCUGAUAUCGAAACGUACCUGUUGGAGAAGUCAAGAGUGACCUUCCAGCUGAAGUCUGAGAGAAACUACCAUAUCUUCUUCCAGAUAUUAUCCAACGAGAAGCCCGAGCUUCUGGACAUGCUAUUGAUCACCAAUAAUCCAUACGACUACUCGUACAUCUCACAAGGAGAAGUGACCGUCUCAUCUAUCAAUGAUAAUGAGGAGCUGAUAGCGACCGAUAAGGCUUUUGAUGUGCUUGGCUUCACGUCUGAGGAGAAGAUGGGAGUCUAUAAGCUGACCGGCGCUAUCAUGCAUUACGGAAACAUGAAAUUCAAGCAGAAGCAGCGCGAGGAGCAGGCCGAGCCCGACGGCACUGAAGACGCAGAUAAAGCAGCUUAUCUAAUGGGGCUGAACUCUGCCGACCUGCUCAAAGGACUCUGCCAUCCAAGGGUUAAGGUGGGCAAUGAAUAUGUUACAAAAGGACAAAGUGUGGACCAGGUGUAUUACUCAAUCGGCGCACUGGCCAAGUCGGUGUAUGAGAAAAUGUUCAACUGGAUGGUGGUGAGAAUUAACCAAUCCCUCGACACCAAGCAACAUCGACAGUAUUUCAUCGGUGUGCUUGACAUCGCUGGCUUUGAAAUCUUUGAUUUCAACACAUUUGAACAACUCUGCAUUAAUUUCACCAACGAGAAGCUGCAACAGUUCUUCAAUCACCACAUGUUUGUUCUGGAGCAGGAGGAAUACAAAAAAGAGGGAAUUGACUGGGAGUUCAUUGACUUCGGGAUGGAUCUGCAAUCCUGCAUUGAUCUGAUUGAGAAACCCCUAGGGAUCAUGUCAAUUCUGGAGGAAGAGUGCAUGUUUCCAAAGGCCAGCGAUCAAACAUUUAAAGCAAAGCUUUAUGACAACCACCUAGGGAAAACCAACAUUUUCCAGAAGCCACGAGCUGUGAAGGGAAAGGCAGAAGCACACUUUGCUUUAUCCCACUAUGCAGGUACUGUCGACUAUAAUAUAGCGGGUUGGCUGGUGAAGAACAAAGACCCGCUGAAUGAAACAGUAGUCGGACUUUAUCAGAAGUCUUCAUUGAAGCUGUUGAGUCUUUUAUUCUCCAGUUAUGCAGGAUCAGACGGCGGUGAAAAAUCAGGUGGGAAAGGGGCCAAGAAAAAGGGCUCAUCUUUUCAGACGGUGUCUGCCCUGCAUAGAGAAAACCUUAACAAAUUAAUGACCAAUCUGAAAACCACUCACCCACACUUUGUCCGCUGUUUAAUUCCAAAUGAGAGCAAGAUUCCGGGAAUCAUGGACAACUGUUUGGUCAUGCACCAGCUCCGCUGCAAUGGUGUACUAGAGGGAAUCAGGAUUUGCAGGAAAGGUUUCCCCAACAGGAUUCUUUAUGGAGAUUUCAAACAAAGAUACAGAAUCCUGAACGCAUCAGCCAUCCCAGAAGGACAGUUCAUAGAGAACAAGAAGAGUGCAGAGAAGCUGUUGGGGUCUCUAGAUAUUGACCACACGCAAUACAAAUUUGGCCACACAAAGGUCUUUUUUAAAGCAGGUCUACUCGGUACCUUGGAGGAGAUGCGAGAUGACCAACUCGCUCGUAUCCUCACUGGAAUCCAAGCAUUCGCUCGUGGACUUCUGAUGAGAGUCGAGUAUCAGAAACUGGUGGAGCGUAGAGAUGCGCUGAUGGUGGUGCAGUGGAACCUGCGCUCCUUCCUCGGUGUGAAAAACUGGCCGUGGAUGAAACUCUUCUUCAAGAUAAAACCCUUGCUGAAGAGCGCCGAGUCUGAAAAGGAGAUGGCAAACAUGAAAGAUGAAUUCAAUAAGUUGAAGGAAGCCUUGGAAAAAUCUGACGCCAGAAGGAAAGAGUUGGAGGAAAAAAUGGUGUCGUUGCUUCAAGAGAAGAAUGAUUUGCUCCUUCAGGUGCAAUCGGAGCAGGACACGCUAACGGACGCAGAGGAACGAUGUGAGCAGCUCAUAAAAAGCAAGAUCCAGCUAGAAGCUAAAGUUAAAGAGCUGUCGGAGAGAAUUGAGGAUGAGGAAGAAAUAAAUGCAGAUCUCACAGCCAAGAGACGCAAGCUAGAAGACGAAUGCUCUGAGCUCAAGAAAGACAUCGAUGACCUGGAACUGACACUGGCUAAGGUAGAAAAGGAAAAGCAUGCUACUGAGAACAAAGUGAAGAAUAUUACCGAAGAAAUGGCAUCUCUUGAUGAAAAUAUAAUGAAACUCACCAAGGAGAAAAAAGCACUGCAGGAGGCUCACCAGCAGACACUGGAUGACCUUCAAAGUGAGGAGGACAAAGUGAACACACUAACAAAAGCCAAAGUUAAGCUUGAACAACAGGUGGAUGAUCUUGAGGGCUCGCUGGAGCAGGAGAAAAAAGUCAGAAUGGACUUGGAGCGCAGCAAGAGGAAGCUGGAAGGAGAUGUCAAACUGACUCAAGAAAAUGUAAUGGACUUAGAAAACGACAAACAGCAACUGGAGGACAAGCUCAAGAAGAAAGACUUUGAGAUCAAUCAGCUGAAUCAAAGAAUCGAAGAUGAGCAAAUGGCUUCGGUGCAGUUGCAGAAGAAAUUAAAAGAAAACCAAGCUCGGAUUGAAGAACUCGAAGAGGAGCUGGAUGCAGAGCGAGCUGCUCGUGCAAAAGUGGAGAAGCAGCGAUCUGACAUUUCCAGAGAACUGGAGGACAUCAGCGAGCGCCUGGAGGAGGCAGGGGGAGCCACGUCUGCUCAGGUGGAGCUCAAUAAAAAAAGAGAUGCAGAGUUUCAGAAGAUCCGCAGGGAUCUUGAGGAAUCCACCCUUCAGCAUGAAGCCACUACCGCCUCUCUACGGAAGAAGCACGCAGACAGUGUUGCUGAACUCGGGGAACAGAUUGACAACUUGCAAAGAGUCAAACAAAAGCUAGAGAAGGAAAAAGUAGAGUUAAAGUUGGAAUUGGACGACCUUGCCUCAAACAUGGAGAGUAUUGUAAAAGCCAAGGUCAAUCUAGAAAAGAUGUGCCGAUCACUUGAAGAUCAGAUGAAUGAGCACAGGUCAAAAGCUGAAGAAGCCCAAAGAGCUCUUAAUGACGUGUCAACACAGAAAGCGAAGCUUCUGACUGAAAAUGGUGAACUUGGACGUCAGCUGGAGGAGAAAGAAUGUUUGAUUUCCCAACUUACCCGAGGAAAGACUUCCUACACGCAACAACUUGAAGACCUGAGAAGGCAACUUGAGGAAGAAGUAAAAGCAAAGAACGCUCUGGCUCAUGCCGUACAGUCAGCACGUCAUGAUUGUGAUUUACUCAGAGAGCAAUUUGAAGAGGAACAAGAAGCAAAAGCCGAGCUCCAGCGAGCAUUAUCAAAGGCUAAUACAGAGGUGGCAACAUGGAGGGCGAGAUAUGAGACUGAUGGCAUUCAGAGAACCGAGGAACUGGAGGACGCAAAGAAGAAACUUGUUCAGAAACUGCAAGAAGCAGAAGAAGCCGUGGAGGCGGUGAAUGCAAAGUGUUCUUCACUGGAGAAAACCAAACAUCGCCUGCAAAAUGAGAUUGAAGAUUUGAUGCUGGAUCUUGAGCGGUCCAAUGCGGCGUCCGCAGCUCUGGAUAAGAAACAGAGAUCUUUCGAUAAAGUCAUGGCAGAGUGGAAGCAGAAAUAUGAAGAGUCACAAUGUGAGCUUGAAGGAGCGCAAAAAGAGGCUCGCAGUUUAAGCACUGAACUCUUCAAGCUGAAGAACUCCUAUGAAGAAACUCUCGAUCACCUAGAGACCAUCAAAAGAGAAAACAAGAAUCUACAGGAGGAGAUCUCUGACUUGACGGAUCAAGUAAGCGAAGGGCGAAAGAGUGUCCAUGAGUUGGAAAAACUGAGGAAGCAAUUGGAACAGGAGAAAACGGAGUUGCAGUCGGCACUAGAAGAAGCUGAUGCUUCAGUCGAGCAUGAAGAAGGUAAAAUCUUACGGGCUCAGCUAGAGUUUAAUCAACUCAAGGCAGAUUUCGAGCGCAAGAUGUCUGAGAAGGAUGAAGAAAUGGAGCAAGCGAGGAGAAACUAUCAGCGUAUGAUUGAAUCCUUGCAAGCCUCUCUUGAGGCAGAGACGAGAAGCCGUAAUGAAGCCUUACGAGUGAAGAAGAAAAUGGAGGGAGAUCUUAACGAAAUGGAAAUUCAGUUAAGCCAAGCCAACAGACAGGCAGCUGAUGCUCAAAAGCAGCUCAAGAUGGUCCAAUCAUGCUUGAAAGAAACCCAACUCCAGAUGGACGACACUCUCCACAGUAAUGAUGACCUCAAAGAAAACAUAACUCUACUGGAGCGUCGAAACAAUCUCAUGCAAACCGAAUUAGAAGAACUCAGAGGCAUUCUGGAGCAAACCGAAAGAGUUCGCAAACUUGCCGAGCAAGAACUCACCGAUGCAACCGAACGGAUGCAACUCCUGCACUCACAAAACACAGGCCUCAUCAAUCAAAAGAAGAAGCAAGAGUCGGAUCUUCUCCAGCUGCAAAACGAACUGGAGGAACUUGUGCAAGAGAACCGCAAUGCUGAAGAGAAGGCAAAGAAGGCGAUCACUGAUGCAGCGAUGAUGGCCGAAGAGUUGAAGAAGGAGCAAGACACGAGCGCACAUCUUGAAAGGAUGAAGAAGAAUAUGGAGCAGACGAUUAAGGAUCUGCAACACCGUCUAGACGAAGCCGAGCAGGUAGCGAUGAAAGGAGGGAAAAAGCAGCUACAAAAAAUGGAGGCGCGCAUCCGUGAGCUUGAGAAUGAGCUGGACGCUGAGCAAAAGAGAGGAUCGGAGUCUGUUAAAGGGGUGAGGAAAUUCGAGCGGCGCAUAAAAGAGCUGACCUAUCAGACGGACGAGGAUCGCAAGAAUUUGGCUAGACUGCAAGAUUUGGUGGACAAGCUGCAGCUGAAGGUGAAAUCCUACAAACGUUCGGCUGAAGAAGCCGAAGAGCUGGCCAAUGCAAACACAGCCAAAUUACGAAAACUCCAACAUGAGCUGGAAGAAGCAGAAGAGCGGGCGGACAUCGCAGAAUCACAAGUGAAUAAACUGCGUGCCAAAACUAGAGAUGGCGCACCUGGAAAGAAAACUCAAGACGAGUAACAUUGAUAGUGCAAUCGCACUUUGAUUUGUUUGUUCACUGGUUUUAAAGGGGUAGUUCACCUAAAAA